GUGUGACUCGUUUACGGAAUUUUGUCGUUGGUGCAAUUUCACCCACCCUGCUCCCUCUAGGGAAAAACAAGCAAGGUUAGCCGGUGGUUUUAGGUGGAUUUUGGUCAUUCCUUGUUUUAGUACCUGUGGAGACGACCGUUGCAUCCAUUCUCAUCUCUAAAAAGCACGAUCCCAGUAUAUCAGGGAUUCCUGAAUGCUACGAAAUACACAUUUGAAUUCCAAUAGCUAUUGGAUUGCACAGUGGGCUGAGAAUUUCUUCUCUAUGGUGGGAUGUUAGAAUCGAUGAUCAAACUGUGAUAACCAGGUUUAGAGCUAUGGCACCAAAUGGUUACAAGAAGAUCUCCUCCACCAGUGACUCUGCCGAGAAAGUAAGUUUUGUUUCUUUCCUCUUGUUGCAAUGGAUGAACGAUGUCAUGAAGACAGGCAGUAAACGAACCUUAGAGGAAGGGGACUUUGUACCACUCUCAAACGAGAACACCUCACAGUCAGCCACAGAACUUCUUGACAAAAAAUGGAAAGAAGAAGUAGCUAAUUCCAUUAGGAAGAAGAAAACACCGAAGUUGUGGAAAAGUGUCUUGAGGACGAUUUCCCUCAGGGAAGCUGUUUUCGUUGUUUGCUGUGAUGUCUUGUUCGCAAUCGGCUCCCUCCUUUCGCCAUUGCUCGUUGGACAUCUGAUUUUUAUGUUAAUGUCACCUGAAACACAUCAGAACAACAUCCUUCAUGGAUGCGUUUUAGCAAUUGCGAUGGCUGUAACCACUUUGGUCGGGAGCCUCGGAAUGCAACAUUACGGUUACGCGGGUGAAAUAAUGGGCAUCAGACUGAGUAACGCAGUGCAAGGUCUCGUUUACAGGAAGAUCUUACUGCUUAGCAAGAGCUCAUUGUCAAAGUUUUCAGCGGGGCGUGUGAUCGACCUGCUGUCAAAUGAUGUUCAGCGGAUGGAGACAGCACCUAAAUGGAUUUUAGCAAUAAAUUCAGCCAUACUCCAAAUUGUGCCUGCAACGUUUAUAAUCGCGUAUCUGAUUGGUUGGCAGGCUCUUAUGGGAGAGAUAUUUCUCUGGCUUCUUCUACCGUAUUACGCAGAGAUGUCUUCUGUCAAUGCCGCACUACGUCUGCGUUCAGCGGCGGAAUCUGAUAUGCGAAUUUCUUUGACAAAUCAAGUGGUUUCUGGGAUACGUGCUAUCAAAGCGCGUGCGUGGGAGGAUGAAUUCAGAAAAAAAAUAAAACACACACGAAAACGAGAAAUAAGCAUCAUCCGUAAGAAAAGUGCCAUUCUCUCAGGUUUGGCUGCCUUGGAGUAUACUUCAAUACCAAUCCUGCUGUCUGUUAUUACUCUGAUGCUUACUGGUCAAUCCCUAGCACCAGUAAAUGUUUUUAUGCUCUUAAUGUUUAUUAACUUGCUAAGACUUCGAAUUUGCUUUGGCAUUGCGUAUGGUGUGGUGGAGACACGGGAAUCAUUUGCAUCACUCGGAAGAAUAGAAGAUUUUCUUAUUUCAGAGGAUUUGUCUUCCACCUCUGAGGAUCAUUGUCUACAAGGCAGAGGAACAGCUGAAGAGAGAAAGUCGGGCAAGUUACAAAACGAUUCUACAUCUAUGAGCCAGUCGCAUGUAUCAGAUGAAAAUCCCCUUACUGAUCAAUGGAUAAACCCUUCUAAGCCAGGAACUUUAUGUGUGUCGCAUUUAACAUAUAAAGAAGUAGCGAGGAAAGAUGAAUUUAUUCUUCAAGAUGUGGACUUUGUUGCUGCAUCAGGAAGCUUGACAGUUGUCACCGGACCAGUAGGCAGCGGUAAAUCAACUCUUCUCUCAGCGAUCGCUGGCGAGAUAUCAGACGUAGGCGGAACAAUAAACCGUCAAGGAACUUUUGUGUAUGCACCGCAAAUAGCCUGGGUGUUCUCUGGAACCUUAAGAGAAAAUAUUUUAUUUGGAGAGUCGUGCGAUGAACCAAGAUACACCAGAAUAAUCGAGGCAUGUGCCCUCACAGAAGACUUUCAGCAGUUUCCGAAGGGUGACCAAACCGUUGUUGGUGAGCGCGGUGCCGUUCUGAGUGGUGGUCAGCGUGCAAGAGUAAGCUUAGCACGCGCAGUGUACGUGGAUGCAGACCUUUACUUGUUUGAUGACCCUCUCAGCGCGGUGGACUUCAAAGUUGGUCGGCAUAUCUUUGAAAAGUGUAUCAAGGGUUUGCUUGGUGAGAAGACCCGCCUGUUAACUUCUCAUCAAGAACAACAUAUGAAAGAUGCAGACCGAGUGAUUGUACUGCACAAAGGUCGCGUUCUGGGGAAGGGAACCUUCGCCGAGCUUCAAGGAAAAGGCAUCUUAAAUACCACCAUCGACCCACUUUACAAGAAUGCUUCGACAGAAAACAAGUCUAAUGACAUGGUCACCGCAAGGGAGGAUGAAGAGAGACGCAGAGAUUUAAAGCCACUUACAAAGAAAGACAAUGAACUGGAAAUAUCUGUUGAAGAUCGGGCAAUCGGAACGGUGUCAAGUAAGCUUUAUUGGGACUACUUCAGAAGUGGUAUUCACUCCUUCUUCAUCAUUGGAAUGAUUUUCUUGUGUCUUAUUUCUCAAGCAUCGAUGGUUGCCCCUGACGUGUGGCUGUCCUUUUUGACCAGGAAACUUCCAUCAGAACAGAAAGACAAGACAAAUCUAACUAUCUACGGUGGUUUGGUCGCUGCUUCCUUCAUAUUGGGCAUUAUCAGGGCCUACAUUUUCUUUAUGGUUUGCCUAAGAAGCUCUGAGCGGCUUCAUGACAAAAUGGUUGUGGCUCUUUUAAAAGCGCCGGUUCUUUUUUUCGAUUCAAAUCCUGUGGGUAGAAUCCUGAAUCGAUUCUCUAAAGAUGUGGGUAGCAUGGAUGAGUUAUUACCAUUACAGUUUCUAGCUUCAAUUCAGUUGGUAUUGCUGUUGCUCUCAUCAGUUAUCGUUCCUUCUGCUACAAAUCCUUGGGUUUUGUUUGUUACCGUUCCAGUGACGGCCAUGAUUCUUUACUUUGCAAGAUUUUACUUGAAGAGUUCCAGAGAACUAAAAAGGUUAGAGUCCAUAUGUCGAAGCCCAGUCUUCUCUCACGUAUCAGAGACUCUUGAUGGACUGGACACAAUUCAAACAAGAGGUAGACAGAGAGAUUUUAUGGACAAAUUUCACAAUUACCAAGACACUCACACCCAGUCCUUUAUCAUGGUGACGGCGAGUGGCAGAUGGUUCGGUGUUCGUCUGGAUGCAAUAAUUUCUCUUUUAAUUGGCUUGGUUGUCUUAGUGGCAGUUUUAGUAUCUCAAGAUGCCGCUUCCGCUGGGCUUUCUCUCGCUUACCUCAUUCAAACAGUGACCCUGACGCAAUACGCCGUCAGAAAAUCAUCAGAUGUCGAGAAUUUUAUGACUUCGGUUGAACGAGUUAUUACCUACACCAAGCUUGACUCUGAGCCUGGAUACCAAGUGGACACACUUCCCCCGGAACACUGGCCAUGCGAAGGAAAUAUCACAUUCCGCGAUGUGUCGAUGACGUAUUACCCAGGAGGGCCUAAAGCGCUGAGGAACAUCAGUCUUGACAUCAAAGGAGGCUCAAACAUAGGUGUUGCAGGCCGCACGGGCGCCGGCAAAUCAUCUUUUGUCGCAGCUCUUUUGCGCAUGCCCGACCCCGACGGAGAGAUUUUGGUGGACGGAAUUCAGAUAAAGAAUAUCAAUCUCCGAGCAGCUCGCGGAUGCAUUUCCGCUCUUGGCCAAACUCCGGUGCUUUUCAGUGGAUCAUUGAGGAAGAACCUGGAUAUUAUGAAGCGUUUCCAAGAUGCAGAUCUGUGGCGAGUCUUAGAGGAUGUGCAACUGAAAGAUUUCGUACAAAGUCUUGAGGGACAAUUGGAUUACGAAUUGUUGGAAAAUGGAGCAAAUGUCAGUGUGGGAGAACGGCAGUUGAUUUGUUUGGCUCGUGUUCUGUUGCAGCAGAACAAGAUCAUCAUCUUGGAUGAACCCACUGCACACGUGGAUCCAGGGACAGAAGAAACAAUCUGGAGAGUGGUGCGAGAGAAACUGAAAGACUCCACAGUAAUAACUAUAGCUCACCGUCUGAACACCAUUCGACACUGUGACAAAGUUUUUGUUUUUAAGGAGGGAGGGGUGGUCGAGUCUGGAAAAUUUGACACAUGAAGACUGAAGCGUUUUAUAACUGAUA